CCAAGUCAUACAUUGAGGAUUUACCUAAACGCUCAUCACCACUUUAUGCUUUUAACACAACUCUGAUCGCAGCCACUCUAUUGCAAGAUGCCUCAUCAUCGAAAGGCCAAGCACUCAGGAUGCCACUCUCAGACUAUCCUUACCCCGUCUGAGCCAUAUGUAGAGGCUGUCACUUUCCAGUGCAUUCUUCCCACUGAGGAACCUGCAAUCAAGCGCAUCACAAGGCCACUCCCAUUUGCCGAUAACAUCAGCGAGAACUUAGCUUGGGCGUCUGCUUUCAUUGACCGCGCUGCCCACCUCAACGAGGACUAUGAGCUUCUCAGGCAGCGACUUCAUGCCGCCAUAGAUACCAUUGGCAACGAUGCUAUCGAAAUGACGCUUCUCCGCCAGCAACUUCAUUCUCAGAUUCACAGCAUUGAACAGCUUGAGUCCAAGGUGGCUGGCCAAGAGAAGGCCAAGAAGGAACUUGGGCAACUCCUGGCCAAAAACCGAGAGAUGGCUCUCAAGGCAGAGAAAGAGCUUGCCAACAAGCUUCGAAAGACUGAAAAGGCUCUUCGUCAGUCUAAGACAGCCGAAAGUCGUCUCAAGAGCAAGCUUGACAAGACUAUUCUUGAGGCUUAUGAGAGGGAGCAGCGUGAGGCUGAGCAUGACAGAGAGGACCAUGAAUCCAUCGACUCAGCUCAUGAUGCACUUGAGAGGGCACUUCAGGAGAAGGCUGCCCUGCAAGCUGAGCUAGAUGCUACCAUUCAGCAGCUCACAUCAACCCGACAUGAGCUCAGUGUCGCACAGGAAGCUAUGGAGACCUGCAAGAACAACUGCCAAGCCAAGGAGGCACAGAUAAGUGCCCUUACUGAGCAACUUGCAACUGCCAACAGGGUCAAUACUGAACUCUCUGCUACUCUUGAUAGCACUAAGGCGGCGCUGUCUGCUAAGGAGCAGGAAGCAGCAGGUCUUACCGAGUCUCUUAACCAGGCAAACAGUAGCCUGGAAGCUGCCAACCAGGCCAUCGCUCAGAAAGACAGUGCCAUCAGCACCCUUGACGCUAGUCUGGCUGGUGCUCAAGAGGAACGAGACCAGAAGAUCAAGCUGCUCCAGGAGCUCCAGGAUUCCACUCAGGCAACUCAAAAGGCUCUCCAAGACAAGAUUGAUCAGCUGAGUGCUCACGAUCUGGAGGACCACCAGCGACUUGAGGCGGCCAACGAGGCUAAGCGUCUCUCUGAUGAGUCUAUUCGAGACCUGCAAGCCAAGGUUGAUGCUGCCACUGCUCAUGAUGCUGAAGUGCAAUCAAGGCUUCAGGCUGAGGAGGAGGCCAAACGAGUUGCAGAAGCUGAACUUGAACGAGUCAAGCUCCAGCUUGAAGAGGCCAACAAGCCCAAACUGCCAAACAAAGUGGCUCUUAGGAAUCCCAUCCCUAUUGUGGGUAGUCUCGGAGGUGCUGCAGACAACUACGAUGAUAUUGUGUACCCAAUUGUCAGCUCGUUCUCUGUCACCAUCUUUGGUCAUUCCUCCACCAAUGUCCAAGUGUCUAUCAAUGGCCUCCUCAGUCUCGAUACAGGUAACAGAAUUUAUAACUAUCAGCCCCUGCCAUAUCGAAGCAGCGACAUUCCUCCUUAUACGCUCUUCCCCUUCUGGUGCGACCUGUACAUCUACAAGGACACCCCUCAGGGUAUCUAUUACGAGAUCAUAGGCCAGGCUCCAUCACGCUCCCUCUGCAUUGAGUGGUAUGUCUCACGCUACCAAGACAGAGACCAGUACUAUCACUUCAUGGUAAUUCUUGAGGAGGCGCGACCCAACCUUGUUACAUACAAGUACUUUGAAGCUCUUGAUAAGGGUGCUAAGUGUACUAUUGGAGCUCAAGGCCCCAACAGUGUUCAGCAAUGGUCUUACAACGAAGCCAAGGCUCUGCCCGGCGUUCAAGUCACCAUUGACACUAGCUCUGGCUCAGUAACUGAGAGCACAUUCCCGAUCAACAACUAAUCAAUGGAUAUGUCAAGGAUGGUCUAGUCACCCGAUGAUUGGUUGUACCCUACUGGAUUUCUAGAUUAAGUAAAUUGAAAUUGUGUUUUCUUUAAGUAUUAUAGCUUCAAUAAUAAGGCUUCCAUU